AUGGCAGAGCUGGAUACUUACAUCUCUAUGAUCGACGCAAUCUUAGGCGUCUCCGAUCCAGAUGAAGUUAGUGCCAAAAGAAUCAGAAGAGCCAUACAAGAACUGUUUGCGGUAGACCUUGAGCCAGAGAGGAAGAAAGUCAAUGCACUGAUUAUCGAGCGUUUCAACCGCCUUCAAGACGCUCGUGCCGAAGUUUCACAGGACGAAUUGGUUGAAGAUGACGCCAAAGUAGCUAGAACGCUCGCCAAAAAGGUCAACGGCAAGGCCAAAAAAGACAGCAGAAACACCAAAGUCAAAAAGAAGCGCAAGGUCAGUGAGUCCAGCAAUAGCUUGAACCAAAAGAAAAUGCAACUAAGCGAUGAGCUGCAAAAGCUGGUUGGUGAGCCUGAGAUGGCUCGUACGCAGGUGGUGAAAAAAGUUUGGGAACACAUCAAAGAACAAGAUCUGCAAAACCCACAAGAUAGGAGGGAGAUUCUCUGCGAUGAGUUGAUGAAGCCAAUCUUUGGGGACAAAACCACUAUGUUCGCAUUGAACAAAAGUUUGUCUAAACAUAUUUAUAGUCGGGACAAGAAAGUCCAAGCGACGGAACCUGCUGGAAGCCCUUUUACUACAGAGGUGUCUACCGCUUAA